AUGCCUUUAGAAGCAAAGUACACCUGGGAUCAGGAGCUAAACGAAAUCAACAUCCGAUUUCCAAUGGCCGAAGGUGCUGACAGCAACUCGGUAAAGAUCAGCGUUGUAGGAAAGAAAGUACUUAUGAAGAUGCAGGAAGAAGUAAUAAUGGAUGGAGAGUUCCUUCACGAGGUGGAUUCCUCCAGCUUGUGGUGGGUAAUUGAUGGAGAUUCAGUUGAUAUCAAUAUAACAAAAAAAAGAAACGAAUGGUGGGACAGUUUGUUAGUAGGGUCUGAAAGCGUUGAUGUUCAGAAACUAGCUGAGGAUAAGCAUGCCGAUAUAAGCAUGCUAGAUCCAGAGGCCAGGGAGGUUGUUGAGAAGAUGAUGCAUAACACAAACAAGAAGGAUCCAAGCGAUUUAUGUGAUUAA